AUGGGCGCGGGCGCGGGCGCGGCGGGAGGGAACGCGGCGGUCGUCGCGCGUGGGUUGGUCGGCGUCGGCACGCGAGGGACGGCCGGUUCGGUGGUCUCGCCAGCGCGGGAGGAGAGGGGAGGCGGGGAGCCGGGAAGGAAGCAGCUGCUAGCGGCGCCGCGCGCGUACCCGCCUCCCAAGCGGAGGGCAGUCUCCGCGAGGCGACACUUCCCGCCCGGCUGCGGGAGGGGCGCGGCCGCGCCGCUCGCCGGCGCCGACGACUGUUCGAGGUUCGGCGCUGCACGCGGCGACGACGGUGGUUCUGGUGCGCUGGAGAAAGCGGAUGCUCCUCCUCUCGCGGGCAGGAUGGACGGUUUCGUAUUUGAAGCAGUGUCACACAAUGCUGCUGGUUCGAGUGUUCUGGGUAAGGUGUCUGCUGCAGAUGGUGCUGCUCCAAAUGAUGUCAAGUUGAUGAAUAAGUCUGGUGGGAGUUCCUGCAAUGUUGUUGCUGAAUCUUUGGCUGAAGGUUCUUCUAAAGAACAUCUGAGGGGUAAGAGGGUGUCUGAAAUUGCUAGGAUGACCAGGGCAUCUUCUGAUGUUGCAGCAGGAGUGUCUGGCGAAGGUAUUAUGAUGAAAAGUAAGGUCAUGUUUAAGCCUCGAAAAGUCUUCAAGCCUACCAAAGUGAUUCAGGAAUCUGCCCUGGACACUCAGCGUAGACCCUUUUCAAAGGACAAGGAGAAGGAGAUUGAGCUUGGAAGGCAUGUGAUCACAAAUGGGAUUGAGGACACAGAAGAGCUUACUACCGAUCUUGCUGGGCAAGCUCUCAUAUCUUCAGACAAGGGCCAUAUGACACGGGGAAAAGAGGUUGCCACAAUUAGGGGCUCCUUUGGUCCCAGGAAGAAGAUGAAGGAAAUAGAUCCAGCUCAUCUGCCGAUGAAGGUUACCUAUGCAUGCCCAUUGGGUAGCAAUGAGAAACUGGAUGAUAAGGUAGUUUCAUACUUGGAAGAUGAUGACAUAUUGCAGGCACUAGCUGUUCAUGAAGGAACGCUUGAAUUUUGCCUCAAAAGUUCCUCAGGUGUUCCUUCUAUGAGGUGCCAAAAGCAACAUGGAGUCCAGAAUGCAGAUGCUAGGGGCAAAGUGAAGAUGAUGUGCAGGAGAUUUGAGUUUAUAUGCAGGACUCUAGUACAAGCUGUGGAGCAGAACUUGUUGAAGGUUAGGAGAAUUGACCUUGCAGCUGAUAAAGCGAUCAGAAAAUUACCAGGCUUUACCAAACAUGGUCCUAUUGUGGGAAAAGUUCAUGGAGUUGAAGUUGGUGAUGAAUUUCUAUACAGAGUUGAGCUGGCCAUUCUUGGCCUCCACCGUCCAUACCAGGGAGGCAUUGACACCACCAAAGGUAGAAAUGACAUGCUUAUUGCCAUAAGCAUUGUUUCCUCUGGAGGUUAUCCUGGUGAAUUAUCUAGCUCUGGUGAAUUAGUAUACACCGGUUCUGGAGGAAAGCUUGCUGGUAAGAAGGGUAAUGAGAACCAAAAGCUUGAGCGUGGGAACCUUGCGUUGAAGAACUGCAUCCAAACGAAGACUCCUGUCAGGGUGAUUCAUGGCUUUAAAGGUCAGAAUAGAGAGGAAGGCAGUCAUUCGAGGGCCAAAGAGAUCUCAAUAUUCAGAUAUGAUGGGCUGUAUCAUGUGGUGGAUUGCUGGAGAGAAGGUCAACCAGGUUCAAAGGUGUUUAAGUACAAGUUACAAAAGAUUCCUGGGCAACCAGAACUGCCCCGUUGCAACAGAACUGGGAUCAUUUGUUGA